ACUAUCAGUUUACUAUCAGUGGACUAAUAGAGAGGCACGGCAGUUAGUGUUAGUCUUGUCAGCCUUGGUACAAGAUCGAUGUAGCGUCUACCUUCGAAGCAUAGUAAUGUAUCAUUUCCAUCAUUCGGUCUAGUUGUCUCGCCUCGACAUGGCUGUAGUCACGUGAGAGUCGCGGUAGGGUGUUCAUAAGGUCCUGCACAUGCGGCAUUGCUCGGCCGCAUCAUAACUAGCCAGCGUCAACACUUCGUUACGAUAUCGUUAAGCGGUAGACUAUAUUCGUAAAAGCUCCCUCGAGCAAGCGCUGCUCUCGCCUUCUAUGUGGGAAGCGCUGGGCCAUGUUUUCCAUACCCGCUUGAAUAAAGUGAGACCCGAAAUGUCAUGACGGCCGGUACGAUGUACGAAAGACCCCUGAAAUGCUCUGCUAUUGGAGCGCGAAGGACACUAGAACCGCGUAUGCUACUAAUAACGCGUACGAAGGUGUCCACGCAGCUGACGAGGCCUAAGCGGUUGCUUCAGCAGCUAUUGAAAAAACAGGAGGCGAUUUUUCUGGAGCUAUCGCCGUUGAAUCAGGGCCGCAAGGAGCCAUGGGGAGGAUAAUUCAAUUCGGCAAGCCCGGUAGUCUUCGCUGGCGUGCUCUAACUGCUGAUAACGACGGACGUGGCGUGUCCACGUGGCACCACAUCCCGCUCUACGCCUCCCCAGGAAGCCACGUCAGCAACCACACUGACUCAACAGCUUCGUAUUGGUCGACGGUUUCGAGUGGCGCCGCCAACGUGGCUCAGGGGGACUCGUUGGAAGCUUCCAGCUCACCUUUGCUUCACAUGGUGGUUACCACGCCACGUGGCUCAUGGUUACGGGUGGAGCCCGCAGCUGAUGAAGAUUUCACUCCUCUCCGGAUAGCUGCACGGGAUGGGAAGCCGUCUCACUAUUCUCAUAACGCACCGUUCAAUAUCGGGUUUCUUCCUCAGACGUGGGUUCAAUCCAGCAGCAGCAGCAGCAGAAGCAGUGCGAGCAGCAGUUACGGCAGCAGCAGCAGUUAUGCCAGUAUUACUACCAGCAGCAGCAGCAGCAGCAGCAGCAGCAAGAACAGGAGCGGUAACAUUUCUAGGAGUAGCACCGACGACAGCAACGGCUUUUCAGUAGAGUCAAACAACGAUUCCUUCUUCAGUAACAUCACAAAUCCUACCAGCCCUGCUUUCGGUAACCCUAUUACUGGUAACGGAAUCUCGCCGUAUCAAGCCGUCCAAUCAGGAGAGCCCAUGCAGGCAGUGGAGAUCAGCGGAGCAGCAGCCCUCCCAGGGGAUGUUCUUAUAGUGAGGGUUCUUGGAGCAUUCGCUACAGUGACGGAUGCUGCUCCCGAUGCUAUCUCCUGGAAGCUAGUGACUUGCGCAGUUUCGGAGUUCCAUAAUACAUCCAUGGAGCAUGAAUCUGGUCAGAUGCAGGGGCAGGGUGAAUGGUCUAGGGGAUUCCGGGAGAUUAAAGACUCACAUGAGUUUGAAGCUAAAGCGCCUGGUGUGGUGGAGAGUGUACGAAAUUGGCUACAGCGUUGCGAUCAGAUUCAUCCUGGCGAUUCUCCCGUUGCCUUUGAGCUUUCUGGGCAGCUUGCACCCCCGCGAACAGCUUUCAACGCUGCCCGGAAUGCUGCCCAAGCAUGGGGUGUCAUGACUGCGGAUGGUCGGGCAGUCAGAGCCGUGCACGUGGCCUUUUCUCGGGCAGGUGGAAUGCUCCCUGCUCGCUGGGCAGAUGUUGAAAAGAUCUGGGAGGCGAGCUACCUGGAGAAUCUCAGCUUAGUGUCAAUUCCUUUUAGCUGCCCGAACGAGAGAGGUCUAGAAGCGUCAUUCUUAUCCCCUCUAUCAGCAUCUUCGACAUCAUCCCUUCUCUCAGCCAGACCAUCACCAUCACCACCAUCACCAUCACCACCACCACCAUCACCCUUGCCAUCAUCCCCAAUACCCUAUCCUUCCUCCUUCUCCUCCUCUUCCCCUUCCGCCUCACCCCACUUCUACCCCCCUCCUCCCCCAGUACCACUCCCUUCCCACGCACCCCCAACACACCCCACUCCCCGCAGCACAGGCCACAGCCACAAGCACCAGCUCAUGUCCAAACUCUUUUCCAAGCUGCCCAGCCCGCACUCCGGGCAGGAGAAAGAAAAGCCCCGCCACGGGCACCAGCAGGGGGAGCAGUCACGUGCAAGGGGCCUGUAUCAGGAGAGCCGGUACGUCUCCCUUCCCCAUGAGGGAGGCCUCCUCUCCUCCUCGUCGUCCGUUCCAUCCACCUCGUCCCAUGCCCCCAGGCCUUCCCAAGUAUUUCCCCAUCCGGAGGGCUCACAGGGGGUUCAGUCAGGGGCUGACACAGCAGCAGUAGAAGGGCCUAGAUCAAGUGUUGCUACUGCUGCUGCGGCUGCUGCUGGCGGUGGCGGUGGUGGUGCUGCUGCUGCUGCUGUUGCUGCUGGGAAUGGUGGUUCCGGAUCCACUUUUUCAGCUGGCCCAAGGGCUGGCAGUCAUGCUGCUGGUAACCACACCAUGGUUACAGAACUGCUGGGCUCCAGACUUCCCUUCAUGGGCUUCUCUAAGAGCUCUCUCCACUCCUCUAAGUUCCUGCGCCCCCCUAGGAUGCUUUCCUCUGCCCUGAUGCCUGGUAACCCUGGGGCUGGGAAGGCGGGGCGGGGCACUGAGGAAGGGAGGGGAAAGGAGGAGGGAAGGGGCACGGAGGAGGGGAGGCGCAAGGAGGAGAGGGGGAAGCAGAAGGGGAAGGGGAAGAGGGUGGGCUUGGGUGCUGUCGAGUGUGUUGCUGGCCCGCCCGCCUCGGCUCUAUCGGGUGUGUGGAGGGAGGAGGAGAGGAACGAAGAGGAGGAUGGAAGCAACGAGCAGAAUAGAGUGGCGAAAAGAGUUAGUCUGGGUGCAAAUAGAGUUAGUCUGGGUGCAGUGGAGUGUGUGGCAGGGCCCCCUGCAUCUGCUCUGUCAGGCAUAUGGAGGGAGGAGGAGAGGCACGAGGAGGAGGUGGGAAUGAUGAGGGGGAAGGAGAAAGAGGGGCUGUUAGGUGGUUGUGGGAACGGCAAUGGGAAUGGGGAUGGGAACAGGCUGCAAGGGGCAGGAGUACAGAGUAGCACGGAUCCAACGGCAGUGACGACUUCAGCUUCAAGUUCAGGAGCUACAGCGGUGGUGGGAGUUGCAGCUCCUAGACUGGUGGGAGUUACAGCACCGGGGGUGGUGGGAGCUAUGACGCCUAGAGUGGACGAUCCAGGUGCGGAGGAGAGGUUUGAGGUGGGCAGGUUGAGAAAGCAGAUGGCUUGUGAGCUGGAGGCAGCGCUGGCGAAGCAAGAGAUUAUGAUGCGGAAGCAGGAGGCGAUUCUGAGGGAGGGGAGGCGGCGGGAGGAGCGAGUGAGGAGGGAGAAGCAGAGGAGGGAAGAGAGGACGAAGAGGAGGGAGCAGCAGGGGAGUAGGAAGUGGGAGGAGAGGGAGCGGAUGGGAGAAGUGGAGGAGGGGGGAGAGGGGAUGGGAGUGGAGGGCGAUGGAGGGUGUGGAGAUGGGGCGAAAACGAGGGAAGAUUCCGGUGCUGAGGCACCUGUUACACCUGCUACACCUGUUACACCUGCUACACCUGUUACACCUGCUACACCUGUUACACCUGCUACACCUGUUACACCUGCUACACCAGUUACAUCUGUUACACCUGGUACACCUGCCACACCUGUUACACCUGACACACCUGCUUCGUCUGCUGAAGCUGCUCAGCAGCUUCCAUCCCCUUGCUCCUCCUCGCCUCGUCAUUUGGCUGGGCUGCCAUCACGGGAUCAGGGCCAGUCGGCUGUGAUGGCUGUGGUGGCUGAGAGGGCUAUGAUGGCUGGGAUGGCUGUGGGCCCACCUGAGCAAGGUCCGGCGCUUCAGCAAGCAGCAGGUGGGGCAGCCGAAUUGCGUUGUGCAGAAACUGUUGCACCGUCAGCUGCAGCAGCGACAGUGGCAGCAGAAUCAUCAGCAUUGUUGGGGGCAGUGGCGGCAGUGCCUGUAGCAGCGCCUGCGUCUAGCAGUCCAGAUUGUGCCCUUGGUUCUGUGAAAGAGGCAGAGUUUCUUAUUGGCGUCCCCCUUUUAAGCCCAGAGCCUGGAUUCGCUACAAGCACUGAAUUGUGUUCACAUGCUGUGAAGGAGACAAGCCCUAGUUCUACUGAAGCGACGUCUGCUGAUGUGGCUGAUGCUGAUGCGGCUGAUGCUGAUGUGGCUGCUGCCGCUGUGGCUGCUGCUGAUGUGGCUGAUGCUGCUGUGGCUGAUGCUGAUGUGGCUGAUGCUGAUGCGGCUGAUGCUGAUGUGGCUGAUGCUGAUGCGGCUGCUGUUGCUGUGGCUGAUGCUGCUGUGGCUGAUGCUGAUGCGGCUGUGGCUGAUGCUGCUGUCACGGAUGUUGCUCAAGGAAAGGGCGCUGGGAAGAAAGGCACUCAGGCUGCUGCAGUGACUAAAAGGAAGGGUGUGCUUAAAAAGGGGGGCAAGGGGCAGAAGGAGAAGGGCAGGGGCACGGUGAAAGUGGGUACUAAACAGGGCAAGUCGGGCAGAGACGAGAAAGACAGCAGCACCCGUCUCGAUGACACAGAGAUAGAGACUAGGCUGUUUGGAGUAGCAGCAGAAGCUGACCCCCUAGUGCAGCAACAGCAGUACCAGAAGCAGCAGCAGCAGGAGGUAGAGCAUGCAAUCGUUGGGCUUGGACAGGGCUUAGAGGUAAGCAACGGGAGUAAGGAGGGUACAGGCAGUAUCAGCAGAAUCAGCAAAAUCAGCAGCGGCGAGAGGAUCUGUGCUGCUGCUGGUGGUCAGACCACUGCCACUCCCACAGCAGCUGGUGCUAAUGCCACCACUGGCAUCGCCCGCAUCCAAUCGCUGAGCGACAGCUGGCGUGCGAACCGGGAGGAGAUGUUCUUCCAGCUGCUGGGUGGCAGCAGCACCGUUGACUAGUGAAUGGCUGCUGCCGGGCAUGCCUGUGGUUGAGGGUGCAGGGGGAGCGGUUGGUGGUGAUGGGAGAGUGGAUUUUGCGGGAGCUGAGAGAGCCGAGGUUGAUAUUGAGUGGGCUGUGUCUGAGUCGCCAGUGGAGACAGGGUUAGAGAAACAAGGCCCGGUGGUUUCGGCAGUGGAGG